AAUUUAUAAGCUUAAAAUGUGUAAGUACAUCUACUGUCAAGUUAUUGAAUUGAACUGGCAAUACCCCCUGCCAUGUGGUUGUCAAAUGAUAUUAUGGGUUCAAGAUUAGGUAAGCAAAAUAAGAUGAGUGAUUCAGAGGAAGAUGGUAAUCUACCACCUCAACAGGAAUGUUUAGAAAGAUGUAAACAAUUUGCAGAAUUAACAGGAACAGAUAGAGCCUUGGCUAUGUUCUAUCUUCAAGAUCGAGAAUGGGACCUGCAGAGAUCUGUAAAUGAUUAUUUUGAGAGUAUGGGAAAAGCUGGUGGGAGUGAUGAUGAUGUACAAGUGGUAUCUCCACCAGCAACCACCACAGUCAAUGAUACAGAACCUCAUCGACUUCGAGUAUUAUCAUGGAAUAUUGAUGGGCUUGAUAAACUUAAUCUAGAAUCUAGAACUAAAGCAGUUUAUGAAAAGAUCAAGGCUGAGAAUCCACAUGUAGUGUUUCUACAAGAAGUAGUACCACCAUCUGAGGCUAUGAUCAGAGCUAAUUGUAGUGAUUAUAGAUUCAUCUCUGGCUAUGUUCAUGGUAGUUUCCAAUAUUAUUCAGCAAUCUUACUCAAGAAAGAUUUCCUCACAAAGUUUGAUAGUUCUGAUAUUAUCCAGUUUCCUGGAAGCAUUAUGGGUCGAAACCUUCUUAUAGCUAAGGCUACUAUUAAAGGUAUCAAGUUCAGUUUUAUGACAGCUCAUUUAGAAAGCUGUAAAGAACAUAGUAAAGAAAGGAUGGAACAACUAAGAUCAGCGUUUAAGAAAGUAAAAGAAUUUGAAAAAGAUAGAACAGUUAUAUUCGGAGGAGAUCUUAAUAUUAGAGACACGGAGAUUGCUAAAAUGAAUGGAAUUCCAGAAAAUAUAUUUGAUCUAUGGGAAGUGACCGGAAAAAGACCAGAAGCUAAAUUUACUUGGGAUAUGAACAGAAAUGACAAUAAUGAAUUUGGAGGACAAUUUAAACCAAAGUGUCGUUUUGACCGACUAUAUAUAAAACAUUCCAUACCCCGUACAGUAAACCCUGUUUAUUUUGAACUGGUUGGAUUAGAGAGGCUGAAAAAUUGUCAAAGAUUUGCAAGCGAUCAUUGGGGGUUAUUGACACAUUAUGACAAAGUGUAAUCAAUAGGGUAUUGAUUGUGUUUGAUUGUUAAAGUAAGAGCAGAUCAAGCUUCAAUGUUGAGGAAUUCAGAAUUGUUAUAUACUUGAAUCAAGAAUGUUAGGUGUCAGGACUGUGUAAUAAUUUACAAAGUAGAUUCCUUUUGUUUUAAGUUAAAGCAAAACAAGAUUUUGAGGUUAUAAUACAUCAUAUCUAUAUUAUAAAGCCAAAUCCGUAAAUAAUAUUUCUCUGAAAUUUAUUCUAUAUUUUAUAAAACUCAAAAUCCGAAUAUAUUUCUUUGAUUCAGCUUUUUACUGAGAAAUAUCGGCAUUUAAGCUUACUUGAUUCCAAAAUGCUAAUUUGCUUGUUUUUACACAAUAUGUUUAAGUUUUAUGUACAUAGUAUCUUUAAAGUUGUUUUGUACGCUGUGCUGUUAUAUUUGUAAAUAAUGAAAAUAAAGAAAUCAUUCCUGUUAA